AUGAUGCAACUACAAUUUAAAGGCUGGGAAACUGCUUUGGACCCCGAAAACUUCACUCUUCUUUCCAUCCUGAAAUUCCGCCAAACAAGAGAUGACUUCUCGUUCAAUAAGUCGGUCGAGCAUACUCUUAUAUCAAAGUUCGUUUCGUACGUUGCAGAAACUGCAGAUAAAAAGUGGGGAAAGGUCGCCUCUGCCCUUAAUAACGAUGGUGGAAUUUUUAAGCAAGCCCAAUGGGAGGAUGUAAAAUUAUUUUGGAAUAAGAUCGAAUUUGAAAAAGCUGAAAUAAACACUCAAUUGUUAAGGUAUUUGCAGACAAAACAACAACUCCAGGCAACCAAAAAUGCCUCAAACCAGAUAAAUGUAAUCCAGAAUAGAUUUAUCAACAAGAGCAAGAAACGUGAACAUGACUUGCAGGUCGAUAAGGAGACAUCAAAAAAGCAUCAAACAAGAAGUGGGAGAGUUACUAUACCAGAUUAUAAUGAAGAAACAGAUGAAGCAUCAAGUUCCGAUGUCAGUAUUCCUGAACUUUCCUCACAAGAAAAUAAACCGGAAACUAUGUAUGCAACAAUUGAGAAGGGAUUGGACAUUAAUUCUCAAGAAAAUAGCAAGAAAAAAAUUAUUCGAGAUGAUGUAAUAACCGACAUUUUAGGAAACACUAUUGAUUACUCGGAUGCUACAAAAGAUAUUUUUUCGAUUUAUAAAGAACAAUAUCCCGAUGGUGAUCUAAUUGAUCUUCGACUAAACUCUCCAUUUCUUAAAAAACUUCCAGAACCGACAGCAAGAUCGUAUUUAAUGGAGAUGGAUACCGUGACUGAAUCAUUGGUUCCUAAAAUUGUACAUGAUUUUCUAGUGAAAUUUUUUUCGAAAAAUUUAAGUGCCAAAGAAUGGCACUGCGAGAUCGACGAUUUAAAAUCUCCUGAACCGAAUGAUCCCGUGAUGACAGCAGUAGUGAGAGCUAUACGCAGUACCUUACCGCAAUUUAUUAAGGCAUUUUCACUUGAGGAUCAAAAUCCUCUUUUAAACAUUUCAACAAUUGAAGGGGUUUAUCUUAAUUCGUUUGUUCAUCCAUGUUUCGACGCUUUUUUAUGGUAUAUAGCAAAUGUAAAUUACGAGUAUGGAGAAAUUACAUCGAAAAGCCAUGUCAAUAGGAAUCGUGCAGAUGGCGCAGGAUUCAUGGCAGAUGCUGACAAGUAUCAGCUCGUCUACAUGGAAGGUUCGAGGCCGGUAGCAAGGGAUGAUAAGGAAAUUAACGAUCUAGAAAAAAUAACAAGUAAUUCGAAAAAGAUGUUUGCAGAAAUUGUGAAGGGUAUUGUUAAAAACAGAAGGCGUCUGCCGAGUACAUUACGUGUAUUUGGUGGCCAAAGCUUUCGUCGUCGAAUACAUUUAUUUUAUAUUGAUUACCGUGGAACAUAUAGAUUAAAUGAGGUCGAUAACGCUAAUCUUCCUCGAAAAUUUUCCGAAAUGAAAGAUUUCAUUUAUUUUUACGAAUGUGUACUGAAGUGGGCGUUAUUGGUCCGAAAUGUUACCGAAUCCUUUGAUCUAGCUAGAACCGAACCGAGACCAUCACGACUUUCGUUCGCGAAUGCCCUAUUUCAACUGGAUGAAUGA